GCGGCCUCUGAGAGAAUUACACAGGAUCUGUUUUGGUGGGGUUGCUGCUGUGUAUGUGACACUAUCAGCGAUAGUCGCAGGGCACCCAGGGCUGGGCUGAUAGUAUGUGAAGAUCGUUAACGACAUUGCUGCGUUAAUAUAGGAUUCAGCCUCAUACAAGGUUGUGCCACAAUUUUAAAAAUGAGCCCUACACAGUGGGAUUUUCCUGUGGAGCUUUGCUGUCGUCCUAUGGCCUUUGUGACCCUCACUGGUUUGGAUGUAACAUUUAAUGCAGUUCACCGUGCUAUUUGGGAUGCUUUCUGUGCAAAUAGACGUGCUGAUCGUGUACCUAUCUCAUUUAAGGUUUUGCUUGGGGACCACGAAUAUCCAAAAUGCAGAACAAAAAGAACAUCUUAUGAAUGGUACAUCCCUAAAGGCAUCCUGAAGACUGGCUGGAUGAACAAACAUUUAAACCUGGUGCCUGCACUGGUCGUUGUGUUUUAUGAGUUGGAUUGGGAUGAUGCCCAGUGGAAGGAGAAACAGUCGGAGUGUGCAACAAGGGUGGAAAUUGUCAGGCAGAGCUUGCUAGGCCGAAACACAAAAGUCGCUGUAGUUCUCAUCCAGAAGAAGACGCCUCUACCGCCAGGUGAGGACGUGAUUGCCUCAGAACGAGCCUCUGCACUGUGCAAUGCCUGUGACCUCUCAGGAAAAUCGCUGUUUGUUCUGCCACACACUGACCACCUGGUUGGCUACAUAAUAAGACUGGAGAAUGCAUUUUAUGAACAUGCACAAACCUAUUACUACAGUGAAAUCCGGAGAGUGAAAUCACAUAAAGAAUUCUUAAACAAAACGACACACCAGCUCCUGUUUGUACGGCAUCAGUUCAAGAUAGCAUUCUUCAGUGAGCUAAAACAAGAUACACAGAACGCCCUAAAAAAUUACAGGACUGCCUAUAAUUUGGUGCAUGAACUGAGAGCUCAUGAAACAAAUAUGCUGGAAAUAAAAACCAUGGCUGGCUUUAUAAACUAUAAGAUUUGUCGCCUCUGUUUCCAGCACAACACACCGCUAGAUGCCAUUGCACAGUUUAGAAAGCACAUUGAUUUGUGUAAGAAGAAAAUAGGAAGUGCAGAGUUGUCAUUUGAGCACACAGCCUGGAUGUCUAAACAGUUCCAAGCUUUUGGCGAUUUGUUUGAUGAAGCUAUUAAACUGGGACUGACAGCUAUUCAAACCCAGAAUCCUGGUUUCUACUAUCAGCAAGCAGCAUACUAUGCACAGGAACGCAAGCAGCUAGCUGGGCAUUUGUGCAACCAUGAUCCUUCUGUUGCAUAUCCUAAUCCUGAUCCACUUGAGACCCCUAAUGGAGUGCUUGACUUCUACGGACAGAGAUCAUGGCGACAAGGGAUACUAAGCUUUGAUCUUUCUGACCCAGAGAAGGAGAAGGCUGGAAUUCUUGCUUUACAAUUGAGAGAGAGGGAUGUCAAUAACUCUGAUAUUAUUAUUAGUCUGCUGAGCAGUGCCGUGGCUCAGUUUAAGAAGUACAAGUGUCCACGAAUGAAGAGUCACUUAAUGGUUCAAAUGGGAGAAGAAUAUUAUUAUUCUAAAGACUAUUCUAAAGCACUAAAGUUGUUGGACUAUGUAAUGUGUGACUAUCGCAGCGAGAGGUGGUGGACUCUGCUCACUUCUAUACUGACUACAGCUCUCAAAUGCUCCUAUCUCAUGGCACAGCUGAAAGAUUACAUCACUUAUUCCCUGGAGCUACUUGGACGAGCAUCUACACUGAAAGAUGAUCAGAAGUCCAGAGUUGAGAAGAAUUUGUUUAAAGUCUUAAUGAAUGAAAGUCCAGAUCCAGAGCCAGACUGUGAGAACUCUAUGGUGAAGGCAGCACAGAGACUAUGGACAGACAGAGUUUCCUUGGCUGGUAGUAAUAUUUUUACAAUUGAGGUGCAGGAUUUUGUACCAUUUGUUCAAUGCAAGGCAAAGUUUCUUUCUCCAAGUUUUCACGUUGACGUUCCUGUCCAGUUGCACGUUUAUCUGAAAACUGACUGUCCUCAUCCAAUCCGCUUCUCUAAACUGUGCGUGGGUUUUAGCAAUCAGGAAUACAACCAGUUAUGUGUUGUGGAAGAACAGUACAAAGCUAGUGAAAUUCUUGAACAGUCAACGCAAGGGACCAUGUGUCUGGUGCCUGGGAAAACACGGAAAUUCACCUUCAAGUUUGUAGCAAAAACUGAAGAUGUUGGGAAGAAAAUUGAGAUCACCUCUGUUGAUCUUAUUCUGGGUAAUGAGACAGGUCGUUGUGUAAUUCUUAACUGGCGAGGAGGGGGAGGGGAUGCUGCUUCUUCUCAAGAAGCUGUGCAGGCCUCUCGCUCCUUCAAGCGGAGACCAAAGUUACCUGAGAAUGAAGUUCACUGGGACAGUGUUGCAAUCCAAGCCAGCACCAUGAUCAUCUCUAGAGUCCCAAAGAUCACUGUCCAGUUGCGUCAUGAGCCACCAGCCUUGAAUAAUGAAAUGUAUUGCAUCAUGAUAACUGUACAAUCGCAGGAAAGCACAACCAUCAAGGAUGUGAAGCUCACUGCUGGCCUAAAACCAGGGCAAGAUGCCAAUUUGACACAGAAGACUCAAGUCACGCUCCAAGGGACUGAAAUGUGCAAUGACUCAAACCCAGCUUUACUCACUGACGUACCAGUUGGCGGCCUGCAGCCCGAGGAAAAGCUGGAUAUUCCUCUGUACAUUCGUUGCGGAUCAGUUGGCACACGUGUAUUCCUGGUUUAUGUUUCAUAUCUGAUAGAGACGACAGUUGAGAACAAGCAGAUUGCCUGUAAAUGUCACCGGGAUGAAACUGUGACUAUUGAAACCGUAUUUCCUUUUGAAGUAGCUGUAAAAUUUGUAUCUAUGAAGUUUGAACAUUUAGACUGUGUGUAUACAGACAUUCCCUUCCUUUUGAUGACGGAUAUCUUAAGCGCUUCCCCAUGGGCCUUGACCAUUAAAUCCAGCCAGCUCCAAUUGGCUACUGCUGUCACUUCUGUGGACCAACUUGAAUCCUAUGUGGAAAAUAUUGUCCUGCACACAGGUGAAAGUGCAAGUGAAUGUUUUUGCCUUCAGUGUCCACCAACAGCAAGCAGCCAGACUGGUGUGGCCACUGGCUGUUACAUUAUAUCUUGGAAGAGGAGUUCUGCUGGAGAAAAUGUACCAAUGGUCAAUACGGUUAUAACGUUACCCCACCUGAUGGUUGAAAGCAUUCCUCUCCAUAUCCAUGCAGACCUUCCAUCAUUUGGGCGAGUGCGGGAAUCCCUGCCAGUCAAGUACCAUCUAGAAAAUAAAACCAGCCUAGUACAGGAUAUAGAGAUUGCUGUGGAGCCAAGUGAUGCGUUCAUGUUUUCUGGACUUAAACAGAUACGACUACAGAUACUUCCAGGCACUGAGCAGGAGAUGCUGUACAACUUCUACCCAUUAAUGGCUGGGUAUCAGCAGUUGCCAUCUCUCAACAUCAAUUUACUGAGGUUCCCAAAUUUCACCAGUCAUCUACUAAAACGCUUCCUACCUACUCAUAUAUUUGUAAAGCCACAGGGACGUCAAGCCGAUGAGUCAAUUGAAGCAGCAUAAUUAUGAGAUUUUUGCACAUACUACAUUUAUGCUGAUCCAGCCACUGGAAACAUAACGUCUAUUUUUGGCUAAAAUAUUUUCAUGUUUAAAGUUGGAAACUGAAGGAAAAUGUGUAUAUUUGAGUAGUCUAUUUGAGAAAACAACAUGAAACAAGACCAAGCAGUGAACACAGAUCAAUUGCUACUUUGGACAGCUCUGGUGGGAUUUAAGCUGUCAUCCUGGCUUACUGUAGAAUUCAUCCACUAACACACGGAAUGUGAUGAGUAAGCCUGAGACUUUUACUCUUCUUCAUGCGUUUGAAUUUGUUUCUCUGGUUUCAGAAUUUUAACAAGUGGAACCGCUAAUUUGCUGAAGGUUUCAACUCAACCCAAGUGAAGGAUAAAUGCAUCAGAUAUGAAGCCUUUUUUAUUUGAAAAACAAAUCAUCUGCAGUUCUCCUCAAGCAUACAGAGUAAAUAAUAUUACUACAUCUGAAAUGAAAAACAAAUAUAUAUCUAUAUAUAUGGACUUCAGUUUUAUGUAAAUAGUACUCACCCUCAAGGAAGGAUUUUGUAAUUGACUGAUCAGAUUCUGGCAGAACAUGAACAACUCUGGUGUAUUUGGUUUUAUUACUUACUAAAAAUGAAACCAAUUGAUGAUGGUAAUACAUAAGAUUGUAUUAUGUCAUGUGCACUGUGCAUUUUGUAAAAGUAAAAUAUGUAUACCGGGCAAUAUAUGUGUACAUUUCCUUGUUAGAAUAAACCUUGAUCUUCUGUUUGGUUAUGAGUAAUAA